UUCAAUUCGAAGUUUUCAAUCAGAGAAUGAACGAGACUUCUCCACCGCACCCGAUCCACUUCAGUUCACUCAAUCUCCUGUCGUCAUCAUCAUCCUUCUCCGUCAAAUCUUUAUCAUGAGAAAGAGCAGAGAGGAGAGAUACCUGCAAAAGUUCUCCAACUAAUUUUGUUUCUUUGUGAAUUGCGAACCCUAAUAACAUGCCAAGUGUCAAUCAACCCGAGACUCCUCUCAAAGCAUCUUCGCCAUUGCAUGCAAAGCUUCAACCAACCUCCUUCUCCUCAUCCAUAAACACAAUAAAUACACAUUUAUAUAUACAUAGCUUACGGCCAUAUCUGCGUAUGGGCGUAUCUUAAUUUUGCAAGAGACGGAGAACGAGGUUGAGAAAUAUGGGGAAAGGAGGAGAGGCUUUAGUGGUGUGCAGUGACAGGAGUAUGGGGAUUGGGGUCACAGUAUGGGAUGUGGACUCAGGAGACCAGCUCCUUCACAUACCUACCUGCGCGGCUUCUCCUCACGGGUUACUGUGUUUGAGAAACCAGUUUAUUGUAGCUUCUCAGGUCAACAGGCAUGGGUCCAUGGGUGGUGGAGCUGUUUUUAUCUGGUCCUUGAACAAGCCUCAUUCACCUAUAAGGAGCUACACUAUGGAGGCUAUCGGGCCACUUUGUAGCACACGGGAUGGUGUAUAUCUAGCAGGUGGGUCUCCUUCUGGGAAUGCUUAUCUCUGGGAGGUUUCUACUGGACGAUUGCUUAAAGCAUGGGCUGCUCAUGAUAAAUGUUUGAAGUGCAUGGCCUUCUCAGAUGAUGGCUCCAUUCUCAUAUCUAGUUCAGACGAUGGUAUGCUCUGCAUGUGGUCUAUGAUUAGUUUGCUAGACAUGGAGGAUUCUGGAUCCUUGCCCUUGUUGUUGCAUUGUUCAUUGGAGCAUACAUCCUCUAUAACUGGUCUGCUAACCAUGUCCCCCAGUGCAAGUGCGACUUUUGUAUCAAGCUCCCUUGAUGGGACAUGCAAGGUUUGGGAUCAAAUUUCAGGAAUCCCAAUAAAAACUCAAGUUUAUCCAGUAGCAAUCACUGCAAUUGUUCUUCAUCCAGGAGAGCGAGUCCUGUUUUCUGGCAGUAUAGAUGGAAGUAUAUUUGUUGAUGAGCUUGAUAUUGGACGGGUGGAGGACCCUUUCUCUGUCACAGAUAAUCAGCCAGUUGUGCUAAAAGGACACAAAGGAUCUAUCAUUGCAAUGAGCUUCAGUAAAUCAGGUUUGAUAUCUGCAUCUAAAGAUUGCAGUGUCUGCCUUUGGGAUGUCAAUAACCAGGUGAUCAUUCGACGAUUCAACCAUCAAAAGGGUGCGAUAACUAACACGGUUAUAAUUCCUCGGUCCGUGUUAUUAAACCAUCAAAGAAGUUCAAAUCAGUAUCGCAUUUCUUUGCUGGAGAAGUAUCCUCAGAGGCCCAACUCAGCCAAUGGAACAAUUAUUUCCCUCCCUCCAUUUUCUUCCCUCAAAGGCAACCAUACUUCUGCUGGCCUCCAGAAAACCAGUUUGCUGGAUCAACAUUUAUUUGAUUCAAAGGCCGAACUUUGGGGAGCCUACGAUGGCCUCCAACUUGAUUGGGAUACCGAGUGUCGUAACAUCAUCCUUGAAAUGGAUAGCUCUCUGGUGGUACAGGUACUCACUAAGGAAGAUUACGAGACUAAUGCGCAUGCUGCCCUCGUUCGUGCGAUAAAGUACUUGCUACUACAAGAUUGA